AUGGCCACACACCAUCGCCGCUCCUCAGUGUCGCCGUCGUCGUCUCGCAGCGCCAAUGCCAACGCCAAUGCCCAUUUCAAUGCCCAUGGCCGACAUGGAGUGAAUGGGCUGGUCCUGACCCCGUCCCGGUCCCCAUCCACCAGGUCCACGGCGGGGCGAUCCCGGCAUUCAGCACGCUCCUAUUCCUCGUCACCACCAGCAACCGCUCCAGCAUCUCCUGUUACCGGCAGCGGUGCUGCGAUUGCUGCGCCUGCGCGCUCCUCUCGGCCCCCUCUGUCCCCAUCGUCGGGAGCCUCAGCCUUCGCCGCCACUAAUCCCGCCAGUCCUGGUACUGCUACUGCUUCCUCGCUGCCAAGACCAGCAGCCCCAGGGUCAGGCUCCACAGCGCCCAACAACAACAGCCAGCGUCGCCCAGGCCAGCGUCACAGUGCUGCCAGCGCCAGGGAUAACAGCGCUGCUGCUGCCCGCUCCACCGCCGUCACCACCAUCGCCGCCUCCUCCGCCUCCUCCUCCUCCUCCACCAGCACAAACUCCCAGCACCGGCACCAGCACCGCCAGAGCCAUCCCCAUCCCCAUCAGCAUCAGCAUCAGCAUCAGCAUCUCCAACCUCAGCGUCGUCAUCACCGCCGCGCGUCUGCAUCGUCCGCGGCGUCCCCGCCCUCUCGCCCCGUCCAGGAUAUCCUCCCCCAUCAUGACUGCGAGACCGCGCACCUAGCAUCUUAUUCUUCUCAUUCGAAGCGCAGCUCCAGCAGAGACCGCACGUCGCUCCCAGCCUCGACAAGGGGCGCUGACGCCGCCGCCGAGUACGCAUCCCCUUCCGUCUCCUCGUCCCAGCAGGCUGCUCGCCGGGCCAGCACCCGCUCCUCCUCUCGACGACACCAUCACCAACCUCAUCCGUCGGUCGGGAUGGCUCCCUCUGCCGUCGCUACAAACAAUGGCGGUUCUUCUGCUACCCCUCCCUGCCAUGCCGCCUCAUAUGCCGCCCCCGAUCCUCACCAUCAGUCACACACUGCCACCAAACAGAACAGAUCGCGCACCACUGUUCCCACCCAGUCGGGGAAAUGGAUCCUUGGCAAGACUAUCGGCGCAGGUAGCAUGGGCAAAGUCAAGCUUGCCCGCAAAGAAGACGGCAGCGAACAGGUUGCUUGCAAAAUAGUCCCUCGAGGCUCGACCGAAGAACACCAGAGCCGUGCAGACAAGGAGCGAGCGGACCAGUCCAAGGAAAUUCGAACCGCCCGCGAAGCCGCCAUUGUCACUCUCCUGAAUCAUCCCCACAUCUGCGGCAUGAGAGACGUCGUUCGCACCAACUACCACUGGUACAUGCUGUUCGAGUACGUCAAUGGCGGCCAGAUGCUCGACUACAUCAUCUCGCACGGCAAGCUGAAGGAGAAACAAGCCCGCAAGUUCAGUCGCCAAAUCGCCAGUGCACUAGACUACUGCCACCGAAAUAGCAUAGUUCAUCGCGACCUCAAAAUCGAAAACAUCUUGAUUAGCAAAACCGGCGACAUCAAAAUCAUUGAUUUUGGUCUCAGUAAUCUCUUCUCGCCCCGUGGCCACCUCAAGACCUUUUGUGGCAGCUUGUAUUUUGCUGCUCCGGAGCUCUUGCAGGCCAGAGCAUACACAGGUCCCGAGGUCGAUGUGUGGAGCUUUGGCAUUGUGCUUUACGUCCUCGUCUGUGGUAAGGUGCCAUUCGACGACCAGAGCAUGCCUGCUCUUCAUGCCAAGAUUAAGAAGGGUCUGGUAGAUUACCCUACUUGGCUUUCAAGCGAAUGCAAACAUCUCAUGUCCCGCAUGUUGGUGACCGAUCCCAAGCAACGCGCAACCAUGCAAGAAGUCAUGAACCAUCCUUGGAUGACAAAAGGUUUUUAUGGACCUCCGGACAAUUAUCUUCCUUCCCGCGAACCAUUGACGCAUCCCUUGGACCCGGACGUCAUCCAUGCCAUGCAAGGAUUCAACUUUGGUUCCCCUGAAGCUAUCCGGGCUCAACUAAGCAAAAUUAUCGACUCCGAGGACUACCAACAUGCUGUCAAGUUGUACCAACGGGAACGAGAAGCCCCACCCCCUCCUGCCAAAGACGCCGAGAGGAGGAGAGGCUUUGGAUUCGAUUUCUACAAGAGACGGAAUUCUUCCAACAGCAGAGACACACUGACUGGCCUAAGCAGCGAUACCUUGCAGCUUGGCCAUGAUCCUCUAUACGCCUUUAGUCCGCUGCUCUCCAUAUAUUACCUGGUCAAGGAGAAGCAAGAUCGUGAGCCAGCGCAGCAAGCCCCUGUCAGCUCAAGCGGUUCUCAUGAGAAGGAGAAGGAGAAGGAGAGGACUCGAGAACGGGAGAGGGAGAGGGAGAGGGAGAGGGAUCAUCGAGAUCGAGACUACAGAGAUCGUGACAAAGGCGCCGACGCCAUGCCAGAGCUUGCGCCUCCUCAGGCGGCUCAUACCAACGCAACUGCGUACGAGAUGCCUGGCGAAAGGCCCACCGGUGGACGGUCAAGGCCUCGUGCCCGUACUCAUGGUGAAGACGAUGCACCAGAGUCAGCGAGACAGCAUGGACAUGCUCCACCACCUCCCCCUGCGGAGUCCAAGGUGGAACAGCUGCAAAAGAAGGAGGGCACUGCGGCUGGACUGCUUCGAAGGUUCAGCACACGAAAGCGCAGAGAACCUGAGCGACUCGACAAGGACCGUUCUCAUCCUCCCAUGGUGCAAGUUCACUCUCCAUCCGAUCCAGCACCAGCGCCUGCAACUCCCAAAAAGAGCUUCAGUAUUCGCCGUGGCAGACGGGAUCGUGAUGAACCUCCGGUCCCACCGAUUCGGUCAGGAAGCAGCCAACCUCAUCAUGGUGCGCUACUCAGCCCUCCACUGUCCGCCCCCGGCACGAGGGGCAGUCGAAUGUCAGGUCUGGGACGUUCUACCAGUGUCAACUCGGCGGAAAUGCGUCGUCGCCAGGGCGGUAGACUACCCAAGGAGGCCGCUGCCACCAGUAGCUCUGAUCAAUCCAUGUCAAAUGACCAAUCAGGGUCGUCACGGCGAACCCACGGCCACUCCAGAUCGGUCUCAAUGAGGACGAAAUCACUGAGCCAUGCCCGCCGAGAGAGCGUCCAACGUCGUCGCAUGAGACGUGAAGGAGUUCAGGAAGCUGACGUGCCUGAGGAGACAGACUUUGAACCAGAUCAAAGUGGCGUGUCUACGGAUCGACUUGACAGCGCUGAACUGGCCAAGCCAGUAUUCCUGAAGGGGCUGUUCAGUGUAUCGACGACAUCUGGCAAGUCGGUACCGGCAAUCCGAGCCGAUAUUAAGCGCGUUCUCAAGCAAUUGAACGUUGGAUUCGCGGAGAUCAAGGGAGGCUUUUUCUGUCGACACACGCCAAGUAUCGAUUUGAACAAGGUACAUGACCCUCCCACCAGUCCUGGUCAAGCUUCGGGCCAUCGACGCCGGUUCAGCUUUGGUGGCUUGAUGCGGAACGAUGACCGUGAGGAGAUUCGAGACCUAGAACGGGAACAACGCCAACCCCAAACUCCCCGAACUCCCGGUCGACCAGACCGAGAAAGAGACCGCUCUGACCGAGAUCGCAGCUACUCCAACUCGGAGACGUCGGUGGAUAGCAUCCCUCGACGAAAUGGCGGCACUACGAGGCGAGUCCCAGGCGAAACAAGCACCCAGGUCCAAAGUGACCUCGGCGAGAGCAUGGUGCUGGAAUUCGAAAUCUUCAUUGUGAAGGUACCUCUCUUGUCACUGCAUGGAAUCCAGUUCAAACGGAUGACAGGCAACACGUGGCAGUUCAAGAAUAUGGCAGACCAGAUUCUACGGGAUCUGCGGCUAUAG